ACACCUCUGGUUUGCUUGGAACCCACACUGCCCCUUCCCCAGGUGCGGCGCCAGCAUCAAAACCCUGUGGCAGGCCACCCCACGGGACGUCAUCUAAUGCAAUCUCUUUCCUUGGACGCGACGGAGGAUCCCAGCACGGGCUCUGAAAGCGGCCCUUGUGGUGGAGGUGACCAACAGAAGGCUCCGGCUGAGCCCCAGGUGUUUUUGUUCAGCCCACACAGGGUUACCCGUUGUUUUUAAAUGAAAACGGUUUUCGUGUUUUAAACUGAAAUUUUGGGUUAACCACUGACAACAGAAAUCAUUUGGAUACGGUUUUCAAAAAAAAUCAAAACCCGAAAAUCUGGCAACACCAGAGGCACAGGUAGGGCUGCUCCUUGCAACGGCCUCCUGGAUUUUUUGUGGGUUUCAUCUCAUUUCAUGUAGGACCCGUAUGGCCCCUGCGGUUCUGGGGACAAAACUUAUGUCGUGCGUUCAGGCAGUUUGAAAUGGUUUCCUUUGGCUGAAUUAGCAUGUGACUUCGAAUACGCUAUAUAUUUUAAUACUCUUGGUCAAUUCUGUUACCCUACAGGAAAGAUGCUCCCGUAUGUAGAGGGUCUCCAGAGCUGAAUGGCAUCAGUACUUUUAUUCAACACACAGAUGUUUACCUAGGAGCACAUCAGAACUAUGGUGUUCACAGUCGAAGAAAUGAUGCCUCACAUCCAACAUUUGAAAGGAGCACACAGUAAGAACUUAUUUCUCAAAGACAAAAAGAAAAAAGGCUACUGGCUGGUGACAGUUCUUCAUGACAGACAAGUUAAUUUAAAUGAUCUUGCGAAGGAGUUAGGUGUUGGGAGUGGAAAUCUGAGGUUUGCUGAUGAAGCGGCCAUGCUGGAGAAACUGAAAGUUGGCCAAGGCUGUGCCACUCCACUGGCGCUCUUCUGCGAUAGUGGAGAGGUGAAAUUUGUUCUGGACUCUGCCUUUCUGGAAGGUGGACACAAAAAGGUGUUCUUUCAUCCCAUGACUAACUCUGCGACCAUGGGACUGAGCCCCGAAGACCUCCUCACGUUCGUGAAGGAAACAGGACAUGACCCCAUAGUAAUAGAUUUUGAUAAAAACUAAUGUUCAAAAACACCCCUGAUGCUCAUGUUCAGACUGGUUUCUAAUUUACAUCAAGCAUUAAAAGCGGAGAGAACAUUGA